CGCUGCACAUUCCUAAACAGUGUGUAUGCAGAAAGCUGAAUGCUGAUGAUGACAAUACAUAUCCGAAUGGCUGAUUAACUUUUCUUGGCUGUGGGAAACACGCAACCAAUGAUGUAAUAUAUAUCCUUACCACCUGCGCAAUUUCACAAUGUCUCCUUGAUUGGAUUAUAUUGUUUAGAAGAUGGCACGCUGCGCAAUCCUGCGGGUUCUAGUCGUAUCUACGCUUAUUUUGUCAGAAUGUGAGGGCAGAGGAGGUCAGCCGUUUGCAGCAAAGGCUUCUCUGUUGCGCUUUUGGCGACGUGCGUUGCCCGGUGCGCAGCUUCCACCAUUCUUGUUGCAAAAGGCCUCGCCCCUGAAUGCUACUUCCGUUGCUCUGUUUUCUCUCUACUUGAAAAAUCACACCCUAUCCGAUCAUAUCGCAUCCUUCUGCACAGCAGCGGGGCUUCUCUGUUCUUCUCGCACAGCGGUGAGAAAUGACAAAGUGGUGGCAGGGCCCUCGAAUUUCGAAAUCUAUACGGAUAAGGACUUCAAGCAGUAUAAGGGUAACGUUAAUAGUUUCAAAAAUUACUCUGACAACGAAAACGUCGAAGACGAGGGCUUUUCCACUUACAGAAGCGGAUCCAGAGGGGGCAUCGACGAUUUCUCUUCCUACGGAUUUCAGACCAACAUUCCCUAUCAUCACUUCAAAAACUAUGGCACUCAGAGCAGCGGCGUCGAGGUUUUCACGAGCUACGCCGAUAAUUCCAACGUCAUUCAGAACGGAUUUACUACUUACGGGAAGAACGCUAACGGCGCUCUGACGGGCUUUACAAGCUAUGCUGCAGGAUCCAAUAUCAUCACCAACGCCUUCAAGGCCUACGACCAGGCAGCCAACGCCAGCACCGGACAGUUCACCAGCUAUGCAGAAGACGGCAACGUUGUCACUAACGAAUUUCAGAAUUAUGCUGCGAAUGCAAACGGGGCCGACGAGACGUUUACAAACUACGCUGCCCAUUCAAGUACGCAGCAAGCUGAGUUCAAAUCGUACGGGAAUAAGGCUAAUGGUGUGGGAAUAACGUUCACCAAUUACGGGAAGGAUAUUUGGAAAGACUCCUCUAGUGAUUUCGCUCAGUACGCCCAGGGUUCCACCGGCCCCGAUGUGGCGUUUAAUUCCUACACCCUCAAUUUCACUUUCAAGGAAUACGCCAAGUCCGGCGUGAGGUUUUCAGAUUACAACAGGACGGUCAAAGCGGCGGGCGUGGAGGCCGGGAAGUUCUUCAGGGAGAAUCUGUUGGUGCAGGGCAAAACUCUCCCCAUGCCUGAUAUCAAGGAUUACAUGCCCAAAAGAUCGUUUCUUCCCGGUUCCCUGGCAAAAAAUCUGCCCUUUUCUACCGAAACUCUGCCGGAGCUGAUGAAAAUAUUAAACAUUCCAGAGAACUCGACAAUGUCGGCGAUCAUGGCGCGGACGCUGAGAGAAUGCGAAAGGGCGGCGGUGAAGGACGAAAUAAAGAAAUGCGUGAGAUCGGUGGAAGGCAUGACAGAAUUUGCAGUAUCGGUGCUGAGCUCAAAGGUGGAGAUUCUCACCACAGAAAGCACGGCGGGUUCUAGAAUCCAAGUUUCUGUCGGCGCCGUCACGGGAAAAGACGGCGGCAAGAUCACAAGGUCGGUGUCGUGCCACCAGAGUUUAUUUCCGUUUCUGGUUUAUUACUGCCAUGCUGUGCCCAAGGUUAAAGUUUACCAGGCUGCAUUGUUGUCAAUGAAGGAGGAGAAUAAGAUAAACGAAGGAGUUGCCAUCUGCCAUCUGGACACCAGUCAAUGGAGUGCAGGGCAUGCGGCAUUUGUGGCGUUGGGACAUCAGCCAGGGGAAAUUGAGGUUUGUCAUUGGAUUUUCGAAAAUGAUCUUAUCUGGGUGCCGCUGCCUGCUUAACAGAAAUGCUCUUCCGCCAUGAUUCGCGCAUUAUAAAUAAUUUUCAUGUAUCUGUGUGCCAGGAACAUGAAAUGCCAGGUGCGAUCUUUUCUGCAUUA